AUGUCGAUGAUUUUCAAGCGCUCAAUGGCUACCGCCGCCUCGUUCAAGAAGGCCGGCAAGGUCGUGUGCAUCGGUCGCAACUAUGCGGACCACGUCAAGGAGCUCAACAACACCCGCCCCAAGCAGCCCUUCUUCUUCCUGAAGCCCACCUCCUCCAUCCUGCUCCCCGGCGCCGGCCCCGUCCUGAGGCCCAAGGGCGUCGACAUGCACUUCGAGGUCGAGCUGGCCCUCAUCCUCGGCAAGCAGGUCAAGGACCUCAAGCCCGACGACUACAAGGGCGCCCUUGCCGCCAUCGAGGCGUACGCCGUCUCCAUCGACAUGACGGCGCGCAACGCCCAGAACGAGGCCAAGAAGAAGGGCCUGCCCUGGGACAUCGCCAAGGGCUUCGACACCUUCCUGCCCAUGAGCGACGUCAUCGCCAAGUCCGCCAUCGCGGACCCGCACGACGUCGAGCUCUUCCUCAAGGUCAACAACGAGACCAAGCAGGACGCCUCGACCAACCUGAUGCUCUUCCAGAUCCCGCGCAUCCUGAGUGAUAUCUCCAAGGUCAUGACCCUUGAGCAGGGCGACAUCGUGCUCACGGGCACCCCCGCGGGCGUUGGCCCGGCCGUGCCUGGGGACGUCAUCCGCGCCGGUAUCCGUGUGGGCGGCAAGGAGCUCGCCGAGGGCAAGAUUGAGGUCGCGGUGGAGGAGUCGCCUAGCUCGCUUCGGCGCCGACUCCGCGACGACGCCGCACUUCUUACACGUGCGGCCCGCCUCGUCGGCCUUGAACGCCUCGACGGCGGCCUUGAUCUGCGUGCCGAGGUCGGUGCAGUGGAAGGCCGCCUCGUGGACGACCUCGCGGCAGGCCUCGCAGUACCAGCGCAUGCGGUCGAGCGAGCCCUCGGGGCGGCGCUGCUCGAGGACGACGCCGACGGUGUUCGCGAAGCGCACGGGGUUGUGCGGGGUGUUGCCGGGCAGCAGGAACAUGUCGCCCUCGCGGAUGAUGACGUCCUUGAAGACGCCGUCGUCGACGACCUUGAGCAUCAUGGCGCCCUUGUACUGGUAGAACCACUCCGGGGUCUGGUUGAUGUGGUAGUCCGUCCUGGCGUUGGGGCCGCCGACGAUCUGGGGAGGGGUUUAGUUGUUGAUUGGCGGUUUGAGGAGGUGGGAGUUCUCCUCCAGCCUUGUGUUGGUGUGAGUUGGUAUCGCGCGAAUAGCUUCAAGCGCAUCACAAGCGGACUUACCACUUGGGGAGGUUGA